UGAACUCUAAAGACUCUGAAGUCUCACUCUCAUCAAGUUAAUAGACUUUGAUAACUUUAAUCUCUACUUAAGCUUCAUCAACUUAUAUUUGAAGCCUAUGAUUCAAGAAGAUAUUGAGGUAAAUUCAUUCAUUUCAUUUCAUUGAGGCAAAUUAUAACUUAUUAUAAUACAUUUAAAUGUACGAAAGCCGGUGUGAACAUUCAUUCAUUGAGUUCUUACUGUUCCCCCUUUUGACUCUUUGCUUCUCCCUUUAACCAAAACCCCCAUUUUGUGAAGGAAGAUCCCAUACUGUUCCCCCUUUUGAUUAUUUUCUUCUCCCAUGUCAGUUUGUUUUUCCAAAAAGGAAUAUGAACCGAUUUUGUGAUGGAAGUUCAAUUUAUGCUUUGCUUAACUUGUUUUCAUCACUCAAUGAAUGAAUGCACUUUACGUGUUUGUAAUAAUGUUCUUCCUUACAUUACCGCUAUUUUACUUUAUUCCAUCCCUUCGUCUUUUCUCCACCAUAAAUUUGUGGCUACAAAACAUAUACAUGAGUUGUAACAAACCAAAAAAGAGAAAGGAGAACUUGAAUUGAAGUUAACACUAGCUACUGCUGUUUGGAGAAAGCCCAAGAUUGUUCAUACAACUUCAGCUCAAAGUUGGAAAUAAGAACUUGAACGGAAGUGAGCACUACAUAAUGGAGAAACAAGAUUAAUUGUUCAUUCAACUUGAGCUUCCAUUGAAAGUGGUGAAAAUAAAAAUAAGAUGACGAGUUUUCUAAUUGAUUACGCGAAGAAAAAUGUGGAGAAAUCGUUAGAUGGAGUGCUGAAAGAACUACGUUAUAUAUGUUGUUUCACUUGCAUUGCUAAGGAAUUUGAAGAAGAAAAAACUUGGUUGGAAGCGGAAAGAACAACUGUUGGGCAACGUGUUAAAGUUGCAAAAAGAAGAGGAGAUGACGUUCAAGAUAAUGUUAUUUUUUGGGAAGAAGAAGCUGAUAAGAUCAUUCAAGAAGACACCAAAACAAAUAAAAAAUGCUUUUUUGGAUUAUGUCCUGAUUGCAUAUGGCGAUAUAGAAGGGGAAAGGAAUUGGCAAAUAAGAAGGACCAAAUAAAAAAACUUAUGAAAACCGGAAAGGAACUUGGAAUUGGACUCCCUGCCCCUCUUCCAGAUGUUGACCGAUAUUCAUCCCGACACUAUAUUUCUUUUAAAAGUAGAGAAUCGAAAUGUAAAGAGCUUUUGGAUGCACUAAAAGAUGACAACAAUUAUAUAGUCGGUUUGCAAGGAAUAGGCGGCACUGGAAAGACUACAUUGGCCAAAGAAGUGGGUAAGAAACUUAAGCAAUCCAAACAAUUUACAUACAUUAUUGAUACAACAGUGUCAUUUUCUCCAAAUAUUAAAAAGAUUCAAGAUGAUAUUGCUGGACCCUUGGGAUUGACUUUUGAUGGAUGUAGUGAAUCAGACCGAUCCAAAAAACUUUGGAAAGGAUUAACCAGUGGUGAAAAAAUUCUUCUAAUAUUGGAUGAUGUUUGGGGAGAUAUUGAUUUUGAAGAAAUAGGGAUUCCCUAUAGUGACAAUCACAAUGGUUGUAGAAUUCUUGUAACCACACGCAAUGUGUUGGUAUGCAACAAAUUAGAAUGCAGUAAGACAAUCAGAUUGGAGUUCUUGUCUCAAGACGAUGCAUGGGAAAUGUUCAAACGGCAUGCUAGUCUAACUGAAAUUUCAUCUAAAAGUUUGCUCGACAAGGGUUUUAAAAUUGCAAAUGAAUGCCAAGGAUUACCAAUUGCAAUUGCUGUUAUCGCAAGUAGUUUGAAGGGAAAACAUCAGGUAGAAUGGGAUGUUGCCUUAAAAUCCUUGAAGAAGCAUGCACCAAUACACGAAAUUGAUGAUGAUUUGGUUAAAAUAUAUGAAUGCUUGAAGUUUAGCUAUGAUAAUAUGAAUGAUGGAAAGUCCAAAAGACUAUUCCUUUUGUGUUCUGUAUUUCCAGAAGAUGAAGAAAUUCCUACUGAAAGGUUGAUGAGACAUGGCAUAGGAGCAGGUCUUUUUGGGGAAAAUUAUGGCAACUACGAUGAUGCUCGAAGUCAAGUAGUUAUAUCAAAAAAAAAACUCCUAGAUUCUUGUUUAUUGUUGGAGGUCGAUCAAGAUAGAGUGAAAAUGCAUGACUUGGUUCGUGAUGCAGCCCAAUGGAUAGCAAAGAAAGAGAUUCAAACAAUAAAGUUGUAUGAUAAAAAACAAAAGGCAAUGGUUGAAAGGGAGAAGAAUAUUAAAUAUUUGUUUUGCGAAGGAAAGCUAAAGGAUGUGCUUUCUUGCAAGCUUGAUAGUUCAAAGCUCCAGAUUCUAAUUGUCAGAAUGCAGAUGGAUGGUGGUUUUCACGACGAGAAACAUGAAGUUCCAAAUUCAUUUUUUGAAAAUAUUAGUGGCCUUCGCGUUUUUCACUUAAUUAGUGAUUUUUAUCCACCAACUGUAUCGUUACCUAAAUCAAUUCAAUCGUUGAAAAAUAUUCGAGCUCUUCUUGUUAAUGGUGUUGAUUUGGGUGAUAUCUCUAUUUUGGGAAAUCUACAAAGUCUUGAGACACUUGAUUUGGAUUGGUGUAAAAUUAAUGAAUUGCCAGAAGGACUGGCAAAACUACAGAAGCUUAUAUUGUUAAAACUGAUAAAUUGUGAAAUAAUAAGGAAUAAUCCAUUUAAAGUGAUUGAAGGAUGCUCCUCACUAGAAGAGUUGUAUUUCGUAGGCAGUUUUAAUGAUUAUUGCCGAGAAAUAUCCUUACCAAUGUUACAAAGAUUUAUAUUGGAUGAUAGGAAGAGGUAUGAUGAGAUUGGUUCUCUAUCAAAAUCUGUGUCUCUUGAAUAUCCAGAAGAUGAACAUUUACUAUCUGAAAAACUACUGAAGGACUGUAUACAAGUAGUAGAGGUUCUUAGACUAAAAAAAAUCUGGUGGGAAUGGGUAAAUAUAAUACCUGAAAUUGUUCCUAUGGAUCAUGGUAUGAAUGAUCUAGUCAGGCUUAAAUUGAGUUGCAUUUCACAACUUAAGUGUCUCAUUGACACUAAGCAUAAUAAUUCUCAAGUAACAACUGUCUUCUCCAAGUUAGUGGUACUAAAAUUGGAAGAAAUGGAAAGUUUGAGAGAAUUGUGCAAUGGUCCCAUUUCCUUUGAUUCUCUGAAGAGUUUAGAGAAACUGACCAUCGAGGGAUGCAAUCAAUUGCAAAGCUUAUUCGCGUGCAACCUAAACCUCUUCAAUUUAAAGAGCUUGUCACUGAUACGAUGUCCGAUGUUGAUCUUCUCCCUAUUUGAACUGACCACGUCUCGUAGCCUAGUGUCAUUGGAGGAAUUGGUAAUAAUUGACUGCAGGCAACUUGAAUACAUAAUAAUAGAUGAAAGAAAAGUGAAAGAAUCGAGAAGAAAAACAGUUCUUGAUGAUGAUGAUAAUAAUGAUCGCAAGAGGAGUCAAGACUCAAUAUUUCCAAAACUUAAAGAUCUUCAUAUUUAUGAGUGUCCUGGAUUAAAAUAUAUAUUCCCGUUUCUCUCUGUUCAGGAUCUUCCAUCACUAGAAACUAUCAUAAUAUAUGAUUGUGAGAAGCUGCAACACAUAUUUGGCCAUAAUUUAAUAAAUAAUUAUCUAAAAUGUGAUGAUGUUAUCACGUCUUCUCCCAUUUCUAGAAACGCUUCCAAACCAAAACAACAAUCAGAUCCUAUGAAAUGCAGUCCCUUUUCAUGGACCAAUAUAUGUUGCUUUGGUAAAAAGUCAAUGACUACUGCAAAGACUGAAAUCCCAUUGGUUUCUGAAGAUCAACACCAGCACAUAGUAAUAGACAAGGGAGAUCAUCAAAGUGAAUUUCACCUUCAGCUUCCAGCAAUGAAAUGUCUCCAUCUUAGGAAUCUGCCAUGUUUAGUCGCCACGUGUCCCAAACUUUAUCGCACAACCUUUCCACAUUUGGAAGAACUUGAUGUUCAUAACUGCUUGCAAUUUGCUAUAAAAUCUAUUGGUGAUCUCACAAUUCAUUCGGCUUCACAAUCUCUGGAUUCUACAAUCAAGAAGGAUCUGACUAAGGAGACUACGAGUUUUUUGGUUGGUCCAAAAAAUUCAUUUUCCCUCAGUCAACUUUCACAGAUAAAAAUAUUCCGAUGCGAAAAAUUGGAAAUCAUGUUUUCCACAUCAAUAUUAAGAUGCCUACCGGAAUUGUUUUUUCUAAGAAUAGAAGAAUGCAAAGAGUUGAAGCAUAUUAUUGAAGAUGAUUUGGAGAAUGAAAAAUCCAUAAAUUUUCAGUCUACAAACACAUACUUCCCAAAGCUAGAGAUACUUGUUGUAGUAAACUGCAACAAGCUCAAAUGUGUUUUUCAGUCCUCAGUAUGUAAAGAGCUUCCAAAGUUAAAGGUUCUGAUUAUUAAAGAAGCAUAUGAGCUACAAGAAAUAUUCAAAACUGAAGGUGAUGAACAGAAACUCGGGAUUCCAAAUCUGGAAAUGGUAGCAUUUAUCAAUCUUCCAAACCUCUGCCAUGCUCAGGGAAUGCACUUUCAGGCUGUAGAAACUCGUCUUGUACAUAACUGUCAUAAACUCUCUUUGGCUUCAGCAUCAAAAUUGGAUUACAUUUCUGAAAUUAUUGAUUAUCUUUACAACAUAGAUGCUAGUAUAUAUUGGGAAUUGCACACGCUACUACAACAAUUAGUAAAUGUGUGCGAUAGCCAUGAUACUUGUAAUGGAAAACCAAGUUCAGAAAAUACUCAAGAAUUUGCAAUUGGGGUUCAAGCGGAAGCAUCAUCAGAAUCAGGAAGUAGAUUGACUUCUUCACAGCCACAGGUGUUGAUGAAUGAACAUUCAAUGGAUCAACAACAUUCACUUGGAGAAACUGAUACUACCAUCAAACCUCAGGAAGAUGGUGAUUUCCAAAUAGCGGCGACCUCUUUGUUCAGUCCCACAACAGAAACCAAUGAUGAAGUUUGUCUAAAUGGUGACGCUUUCAAGAAAGUAAGCUCAAAUAUUGAGGAACAAUUUACUAACGAUGAUAAAAUAAUAUUUUCCAAAUCUAAACCCUCUCCUAGCAUCUCAUCUCCUUUUGCAUCUCAGUUUCCAUCAAUUUCUUCUAAAGGUGACCCUUCUCAAAAAGUAGAGGAGUUAAGUUCUUUUUUGCCGAUCACAAAGGAGCUUGAGCAACUAGUCUUGAAGAAGCAUCUGGAUUAUGAGAACUCAUUUUUGUUGACUGAUUUCCUUUAUAAACAUCCUUCUGUUCUUUUAAAGGACAAUUCACUUAGUAACAGAUACAAGGGUUAUGCCUACAACUGUCUGGCAGAGCUAUUGAAAUUCCUCCAAACCCAUAGUGUGCUGGAUGUGUUAGGUUCAAACCACUAUGAAUUUGUUGAAUUAUUGCAAGAUGUGCGCAAAUGUGGUUUUGAUAAGGAUUGGUUGGAUGGUAUCGAAAGGCGCAUUUUGUUUCCUAAUCUGAAGCAUCAAUUGACAUCAUCUGAAGCUGUUUUGGAGAGUAUCAUUCAACAGAAAAGGGUAUUAAGCGCCCCUAUUGGCUAUUAGACUAAAUUUUCCUAUACCUCUAUUCCUUCGUUUCUAAUUUGCUAUGCUUUUCAAUGUGGGAAUUUUCAUUGGGUGUAAGGUUUCGUCAAUUCUCAUAUGAAAUGAACUUAUAAACCAUCUUAUUAUGUUUCUGUAUUUAAAACUAUUGUUUAUUGAUA